CAGGUAACCUGACCAACCCGAGCUCGCCUUCUCCAGUCUCCUCACCCAGCUCCACUCUGCACUCCUCGUCUUUUAAGCACGCAGUUCUUGCGGCCCGAAAAUAGUAACCGGAGAGAGCGAAGAAAAAAACCCCUCACUCUAGCUCUCAGUUGUACUAGGCGCUUGGAUCGGAGCUGGGGAAGAAGACAAGGCAACCAUGGUGAUGGUCCUGGGUGGUGGUCACAGCAAGACGGACGAGAACCAUCACCGGAGGCGCAACCCUCCACUCCCCUUUCCCCGGCUGUCCCUUCCCUGAUCGAAAACCCUCUGUGAUCCUUCCUCCUCCUUUGGCUCCGGAUCAGACCCGCCUUCUUUUCUUGGAAUCUUUGAGAAUUUCGCGUCAAGUCGAGCGACUCAGCAUGAAGAGACCGAGCGGUGCCGUCUCCGGCGGCGGCGGCAGUCCCGGCCUCCUUCCGAUUGUCCAAAGUGAUGAUGGCUUUGGUGGCGUCGGGGUGGAGGAGGCCGACGAGGACAUGGUGCUGUGCAGCGGCGGCGUCGGCGCCUGCGGGGGCGGGGAGAAGAAGCGGCGGCUGAGCACGGAUCAGGUGCGCGCGCUGGAGCGGAGCUUCGAGACCGAGAACAAGCUGGAGCCGGAGCGGAAGGCGCGGCUGGCGCAGGACCUCGGCCUGCAGCCGCGCCAGGUCGCCGUCUGGUUCCAGAACCGCCGCGCGCGCUGGAAGACCAAGCAGCUCGAGCGCGACUACGCCGCGCUGCGCCACUCCUACGACGCUCUCCGCGCCGACCACGACGCCCUCCGGCGCGACAAGGACACGCUCAUCGCAGAGAUCAAGGAGCUCAAGGCGAAGCUGGGCGACGAGGACGCCGCGGCGAGCUUCUCGUCCGUGAAGGAGGAGCCGGCGGCAUCCGACGUCGAGCCCCCCGCCGCGGCGGCGGCCAUGGCGGCGCAGGGCUCGUCCGACAGCGACUCCAGCGGGGUGGUGAACGACGCGGAGAUGGCGCCGGAGAAGGCCCACCCUCCUGCGGCCGCGGCCGGGGCCGAGGCGGUGGUGCCGUGCGGCGUGGCGUCGUCGCUGGCGCUCCACCACGGCGAGGUGUUCUUCCACGGGCACCUGCUGAAGGUGGAGGACGACGAGGCGGCGUUCCUGGGCGACGACGACGCGGCGUGCGGGGGCUUCUUCGCCGACCUGCAGCCGCCGUCGCUGCCGUGGUGGACCGAGCCCACGGAGCACUGGGCCUAAGCCGGCCGAGCCGCCGAGCCGGGCCGAGGCGAGCGGGGGGAAUAAAGAAACUCGGCAGGGUGAGGGCGUUUCUGCAAAUUUUGUAAAAUGGAAGUGUACCUAGUCCUUUUUUGUCAUUUCUCCCGAACCGGCAGCCGGACAGCGUCGUCACUGCCUCUGUAGUCCUACUAGUCCUAGUUCCAGUACCACGGCUACGUCGCCGGUAGCCUUGUCGCUUUUGGCUCUCCUC